CCAAAAAAAACAACUCUUUGCAUUGGUGUGAUUGUUUAAAGGCUUGAUUUUCUCUUCCACUAUGUAGCGGAGGUACAACACCCCGGGUCGCAGCCUAGAACGUUCCCACAGUCUCCACUAUGUUGCGGAGGCACAUUUUGCAGGUUUCCAUCCGUCGACCACUUGUGAGGCUUCCCUCUCAGGUACCUUCAUAUCUUUCUCUAAGAAGAGAAUUCUCGGUUCAACCCCAACAUAAUAGACCUCAAGGAUCUGGAUCAUCUGGGAAGCCUCCUGAUUCUGGAAGUCUUUUGCCAAAAUUUGCCAUUGGGAGUGUUGCAUUAAGUGCUGCAUUCGUUGCAGCUUAUCAAACUGGGUAUUUGGAUAAAUAUCUAAUCAAAGAACCACAUGGAAUACCCGAGUCAACAAAUACUGGUGCCACUGUUGCAGAUCCAGAGAAUUCAAAAGAUUUUAAUGACAUUAAACGUGAUAGUGCACAUUUAGGAAAAUCAAUAGCCGAGCAUAGUGUGUACGAGUCAAAUGCAUCAACGCGUAGUGUAGAGGAAAGCUCAAAUGUUCCUAUCCCUAAUGUGGGUCAUUCUGCCGAAAGCACCAAGAGUUAUUCCGACCUUUCUCAGGUAGAUAGUGCAAGCGUAAGCCAAGAUAAUAGCCAGUCUCAGGUUAGCAGUUCCCAAGAAUUAACUGAUGAAGAUGCCAAUAAUAUCCAAACUAAUGACAACUUGGGGUCUCCUAGCAUCAUGUCAUCUAACAGUGCAAAAGGUGGUUCUGAUCAACCUGAAGAUCGAUUUGUCUUCAAAAGCCAAGUUGAGAUUCCUGACAAUGAAUAUCAUGAGGCAGUUAAAAGUACUCCAACACUUGAACAAGAUGAGAAAGUUCCAAUCAAAAGUGAAACAAACUCCACAGCCACACAGGCUGUGAGCAUUCAUAGCCAGCCUCAGGAGGUUCCUCAUGACAUAACCACGCAACCUAGUCCACUUGUUGAUGAAUAUUAUCUCAGACAUAAGGACGAAGCUCCCGAAGCUAAUCCCUCCGACAAGGCUUUUGAAGAUCUGAAUGGUGCUUACAUAUCAAAGGAUGGGAAAUUGGUUCUUGAUUUGAUACAAGCUAUUCAUGAAGCCGAGAAAAGGCAGGCAGAGAUUGAUUCCCGUUUCUUUAAUGAACAAAAGAGAAUAAUGAAGGAGAAAUACGAAAAGGAUCUAAAGGAUGCAAGGGUCAGAGAGCUUAUGUAUGCUGAAAAGGAAGCAUUACUUGCUAAGGAGCUAAAGAAAGAAAGAGCUAGGGCAAUUUCUGCCCUAAAAUCACUUGAAGAAAAUUUGGAAGAAAAACAUAGAAAGGAGAUUGAAGAAAAGGAAUCUGACGCUGAGCUGAAUCUUAAGAAAAUACAAGAGUUGUCAAAAGUAGAAGUGGCAACAGCGAUUGCAAGUGAGAAAGCAUCCCAAAUUGAAAAGAUGGCAGAAGCAAAUCUCCAUAUAGAUGCCUUGUGCAUGGCUUUUUAUGCACGCUCCCAAGAAGCUAGGCAGACUCAUUCUGUUCACAAGCUUGCUUUGGGGGUACUUUCAUUGGAAGAUGCCCUGUCCAAAGGGCUACCAAUUCAGAAUGAAAUAGAAGCUCUCCACCCUUAUCUUGAAUGGAUUGAUAAAGAUUCUCUUCUAAAGUUGGCUUUCUCAUCUCUUCCUGAAGAAACACUGAAGCAUGGCGCAGAUACAUUAUGGCAACUGAAUCACAAGUUUGAUGAUUUGAAAGGAUCGAUUCGACACUUCAGUCUGAUUCCACCAGGGGGUGGUGGGAUUUUGACACAUUUUUUGGCUCAGGUUGCGUCUUGGUUAAAGGUUCAUGAGGUUGACCGAUCAGGCGAUGGUAUUGAAUCUCUCAUGAACAAAGUGGAGACCCUUUUGGCGGAGGAGAAACUAAUUGAAGCUGCAGAUGAACUGGAGAAGGGCGUGAAGGGCACCGAAGCUGCAAAAGUUGUUGAUGAAUGGGUCAGGCGCACUCGUAACAGAGCCAUCGCCCGUCAAGCACUAACCCUUUUGCAAGCCUAUGCUUCUACUAUAUCAGUCUGAACUGAAGAACCUCAUGAUGACUUCCUCAUAUGGUUUCUUUGGAGAAAAUCCGGGCUUUCAAUAAUAACAACAUACGGGGAUUUUGCAAGUGAUUGCAACCUUUAUUCUUUCGUUGUGAUCCCACCACAGAUCCAUGCAUAUCUAUUUCUUGUAUGUCAGGUUCAAUUAGAGUCGUGUUCUUGAAUUUCAUGUAUCGAACUAAAACAAUAUCGAUAUACAUGGGAAGAUUUUCUUUUUGGUUAGUGGCUGUUUUGGUUUUCUU